AUGUUAUGGCAUGACGAACCGUAUCCAGUACCCUCAUCAUUCAAUUCAUUACACUUUAAUUGGACAUUAUCGUAUCGUUUCGAUUCAGAAGUAAGUGUUGGAUCAUAUGGAAUUGCGUAUCAACUAAAUGUACCGAUGGACGAAAACUUAUAUCGGAAAUGGAUCGACGAAAAUUACAGAAAUCGUCGCAAUGAAGCAACUUGGUUUGUUAGCAACUGCGGUUCGAAGGAACGUCUUCGAUACUACAGUCAAUUGAAGAAUCACUUUUCAAUAUCAGCCUACGGUCGUUGUAUAUUAAAUGAAAAGAAUACUACUCGAAAUUGCACUCGUAGCUCUCACUGUGAAUUAAAUCGCUUGGUAACAUCAAAAUUUUACUUAGCAUUUGAAUCGAAAACGACGCGAAUAAGUUACAUAACCGAAAAGUUUUGGCGAACCUUUACUCAUGGUGCUAUACCCGUUGUACUCGGUCCUAAACGUCAGGAUUACGAACGAAUAGCACCGCCAAAUUCAUUUAUCUAUGCAAAAGAUUAUGCCAAUCCAGAAGCAUUAGCGAAAUAUCUACAUACGGUUGCAACGAAUCCGCGUGAAUAUGAAAAAUAUCAUCGAUGGAGAAGGAACUAUGCCACACAAUACAGUGCUUCCGUUGUGGAAUCCUUUCGCUUUUGCGAACUGUGUUACAAACUAAAUACUAAUACGGAUCGUGUCUGGUAUACUGAUAUACAUAAAUAUUUUUUAGAAGAAGAAUAA